AUGAUACCGUGGAACAUAUUUUGGGUUCAUUUUCUGUUGUUUUCUUUGGAAGGUUCUUGCCCUUAUGACUGCCUUAAUGGAGCAGUUUGCACAGAAGCAGGAAUAUGUGACUGUGAGACAUUCCAGGCCCAGGGAAAACGGUGUGAAACUGUUGCAAAUGCAGGCAAAGACAGAGAUGGAAUUUGCAAAUCUUGGGGGCAGCAUCACUUUGAAACAUUUGAUGGAAUCUACUACUAUUUCCCAGGAAAUUGUUCUUACAUUUUGGUGAAAGACUGCGGUGAUCCAGAGCCUCAAUACACUGUGUGGAUUCAUAACAGCCCACAUUGCUUUGGUUCAGUUUACUCUUGCCUGAGGUCGGUCAGCUUGUUCUUUUCAAAUCAAGAGGAAAUACUCAUUGUGGGGCACGAAGUCAGAGAAGGGAGCAUCAGAUUGAUGUUGCCCCAGACCAUUGGAAAUAUAUUCAUUGAGAGAUUAGCAGAUUAUAUUCUGGUGAAAACCACAUUUGGCUUUUCGUUAGCUUGGGAUGGAAACUCUGGGAUUUACAUUAAACUAACAGAAGAACACAAGGGGAAAGCAUGUGGUCUGUGUGGAAAUUAUAACAAUGAUACCUCUGAUGAAUUCAUAAUACAAAGUCGUGACCUUAAAGAAGACAUUGCUGAAUUUGCAAACAGUUGGUCUGUUCAAACUCCAAGCGAUGCAACAUGUGUAGCUACUGCAUCUGACUUUCCUAGUCCUUGUUCCAACAAUAUGGAAUCUUAUGAGGAUAUCUACUUCAAGUGCCAAGUACUCUUGCAGUUUCCUUUUUUUAGCUGCCACCAAAGCAUUGACCCUUAUCCCUAUAUUUCCAGCUGUAUGAAUGACCUUUGUAGAGAAGAUGAUGAUGAAACUUAUUGCCGAGCAGUUACAGAGUAUGCUAGAUCAUGUGCACAUGCAGGCUACCCGGUACGAGAUUGGAGAGAUGACUUUCCAGCAUGCACUGAUAAGUGUGAAGAAAGUUUUAUCCACCGGGAUUGUAUUAGCUGUUGUCCACCAACCUGUACCUUUGAGAAAGAUUGUCUUGGCAGUAACCUUCACUGCUUGGAUGGAUGCUACUGCCCAGAUGGUCUAAUAUUGGACAAUGGAACUUGUAUUUUUCCAUCUGAUUGCCCUUGUGUUUAUCAUGGGACAGCUUUUCCUGUAGGGUCAACAAUUGAGCAGGAAUGUAGUCAUUGCAUUUGUAUUGCUGGCAUUUGGAACUGCACAGAACAUGACUGCUCAGCUGAAUGUUCAAUUGUUGGUGAUUCUCAUUUCACAACUUUUGAUGGUCGCCAUUACACCUUCCUUGGGAUCUGCCAGUACAUUCUGGUUAAAGGAACUGGGAAAGACAAAUUCACAAUCACAUUACAAAAAUCUCCCUGUGGUCAGCACACCCAUAAUCUUGACCAUGCAUGUAUUCAGUCUAUAACACUAAUUCUUGAAGAUGACAUAAGCAAGCAAGUGACUCUGAAACGGGGUGGUGAAAUUCAGUAUGGUUAUUCCAACCAGGGCUUUAAUUUCAACGGAUAUGUUGAAGUGCAGAAUCUGUCUUCAUUGUUUGUGCAGCUGAAAACAAAAUUUGGUUUAAGAAUCCAGUUUGCUAAAGAUGGCGGAAGAGUGUAUAUUCAGCUAAGCACUGAUUGGAAAAGAAGAACUUUGGGUCUAUGUGGAACUUACAAUGGAAACCUGAGAGAUGAUUUUCUUUCUCCAGCAGGAAUGAUCGAAGGAACUCCACAGCUGCAUGCUAAUGCAUGGAAAGUUUCAUCCGCAUGCCAUGUUCCUGUGAAUGUCCCUGUGGUUGAUCCUUGUAAUAUUAAUCAACAAAAUGCUGGGUAUGCAUCCCAGUGUGAUAUCAUCAAUCAAGAACUCUUUGCUCCAUGCCAUCUAUACAUCAGUCCAGGAUUAUACUACCAGCUGUGCCGCUUUGAUGCUUGCAAGUGUGGGAGCAGCUGUUUGUGCAAUGCCCUUGCACAUUAUGCCCAUGUAUGUGGAAAACAUGGUGUUACUAUUGACUUCAGAUCUCAUGUCUCAUACUGUGGAGUGGUGUGCAGAAGUGGCAUGCUGUAUCACCCAUGUUCUUCUUUCUGUGAGCACUCUUGUUCUUCCCUUUCUGCUCUGGAUGUUUGUGAUCACAAUUGUGCUGAAGGAUGUAAUUGCCCUGAUGGAAAAUACUUUGAAGACUCCAUCAGUUUUUGUGUCCCAAUGGCUAGCUGCUGGUGUUACUAUAAAGGUAGAAGUUUUCAGCCAGGUGAAAUCCUGCCCACACCACUGGGCACAUGCCAGUGUCUAAAUGGAACAAUGAGAUGUACUGAAGCUGUUGCAGUUCCUGCAGUUCACACAUGCAGUGAAGAAAAGAUAUACUAUGACUGCCAAUCUCCUGUUCCCGGUUUGCCAUCUGCUGGAGUAAGCUGUGAACUGUCUUGUGCAAACCUCGCCAUGAACUUUACCUGUACCCCUUCUCCACCAUGUGUGAGUGGUUGCAUCUGUCCUCCUGGGAUGGCAGAGCAUAAAGGAAAAUGUUACGUGCCUGACAGUUGUCCAUGUGUCUGGAAAGAUUGGGAAUAUAUGUCAGGUGAAGUAAUAUCUACCCCGUGUUAUACAUGCAUUUGUCGACGUGGGAUAUUUAACUGCACCUACCAUCCUUGUCCUGCUGUGUGUACUGUCUAUGGCGAUCGUCAUUAUUAUACUUUUGAUGGCCUGGAGUAUGAUUAUGUCAGUGACUGCCAGGUUUAUUUAGUAAAGAGUGUCGACCAUUCAAAUUUGUCUGUAAUUGUGCAGAACAAGAAGUGCUUUGAUAAUGAUAUUGUUUGCUCAAAGAAUGUUUUUAUCUCAGUCGGAGAUGCUGAGAUUUUUCUCACUGAGCCUCUAGAUGUACAGGUAUGUUUUGCUUUGAAACAUGAAGACAAAACCAAGUACCACCUUUGGAAGGCUGGAUAUUAUAUAGCAGCACAUUUUCCAGAGCAUGAGAUCACAAUACUGUGGGAUAGAAAGACAACAAUGCAUCUCAAAGUUGGAGCUCAAUGGAAGGGUAAAUUGGCAGGUUUAUGCGGGAAUUUUGAUAAAUUCACAUCGAAUGAUCUGACUACAUCCAACAAUAUGGAAGUAAGAAAUGCCCAGCUUUUUGGAGAGAGCUGGGCAAUAGGACAGUGCUCAAGUCCCAAUGAAACCGUGAAGCCAUGUGAAGUCCAUCAGAGCAAGUUUCCUUAUGCCAAAAAGGAAUGCUCAAUUUUAUACAGCGAUGUUUUUGCCCCUUGUCGAAAUGUGAUCGAUGUGACAUCAUUUGUCAAAAACUGCCAUACUGACACAUGCAAUUGCCAUCUUGGUGGAGAUUGUGAAUGUCUGUGUACCACUAUUGCAGCUUAUGCACACAAAUGCUGCCAGCAGGGUGCAGUGAUUUACUGGAGAUCGCCUUCCCUCUGCCCUUAUGACUGUGAUUAUUACAACCAAGGGCUUGGAGAAGGACCAUAUAUUCUCAGCAGCUAUGCUCAGAAUGAUACGGUUAUGGGAGUCAACAUCACCAGCAGGAAGAUAUUUCCUUUGCCAAGAAUUAGUACCAGUGGAAAUGUAUAUUUUAAUUUUAUGCUAACUCCUCCACUUUUCAAAGAUAGAACACAGUCAGUCUCUCUGGUUUCAAUUGAAUCUGCUGAAAGGCCAAACUACUUUCUAUAUGUUCAUGAUGAUGAAAACAUUGGCUUAGAGCAAUGGGAUACCAGCUCAUCUUUUCAAAGAAGAGCAACUUUUUUCCAUCACCAAGGUCUUUGGAUGCCAGGUUAUAGCGCCUUUGAGCUGCAUAACAAGAAAGGCUUCUUCAUCAUAUUCAGCCCAUCUGCUGUGAAAAUAUCAAAGUAUGAUGAUUCUGAGGAAUUCAAAGAUUCAAGCAGCUUCAGUAUAGAAGAACUCCAGAUAGCAGUACCUUAUAGGAGGAUAUGUGAGUGGAGAUAUGAACCAUGUACAAGUCCUUGUGUUAAAACUUGUAACGAUCCUGAAGGGAUAGCAUGCAAAUUUCUUCCUCCGGUUGAGGGAUGCAUACCAUAUUGUCCUAGAGGAAUGAUUCUCGACGAAGUCACAGUGAAAUGUGUUUACCCAGAAGACUGUAUCCCUGUGAAACCUACUGAAUCUUCAUAUGGGACAAAGUCACUGAAAACAACACCAACAUUACUAAAUACCUAUGUAGUAAAUGCAACAGAAACAUCUCCUCAGACAUCUCUGAUAUUUGUCACUGACAGAGUUGAGUCAACAUAUAUUAAUCAAACUACCAAAAUGACAACAGGGAGAAUAGCAACUACAGAACAUACUGACCUUUAUUCAGCAGCUGCAUCUCAUACAAGCACUUCUUUACCUGACUUAUUACAAAUUCCACAGCAUGCCUUUGAAGACAGCUACGGCACUGCAGUGCUACCUGUGCUUCUUGAACCUACAUCGCCAGCAGCUUUCCCAACUACUUCAGAGAUCUCCACUACCAGUGCAAAAAUAACAUCUGACAGUACAAGUCCUGCUUUCCUUAUAUCUUUGCCCUCUGCAUUGACAGCUGUACCAUCAUUUCCUCUAACAACAACAUCAACCACACCACUAAAACUUGUAGCCUUUUCUGCUACACCAACUACAUCACCUGUUGGGGAAGGUUUCACCACUAUUAAAAUACCUAUAAGCACAUUAAUAACCAAAGGUCCUUCCAUAAACCAUUCUCAGGAGGCAAUAGCUGCAACUUCACACUUUUUAUUAACAGAGAGACCAUCUCUUCCAAGUCUGAUGUCAUCUACGAGGUCAGUGUUACCACAAACAUCUACUGCAACUUUGAGAACCUCACCUGGUCUGUCAGCAGAUACAACCGUGUCUUUAACUCCUGUAUAUACUUCUAGAUUUUCUGAAUUUGUUACAAGUCCUCUUUCUAGUACCUCAGUUUCAGAUUUUAUGACAAUUCAAACUGACUCUAAAACAGGAACUAAAACAUUGCUGCCUACAUCUGUACUAUCACUGAAAACACUUCCAACAUUUUCUGAACAAAUUACUCCCUUAACUAGAAAACAUUUUUCUAUGGUUAAAGAUACAGUCAGUAGAACAUCAUCUUCAAUUGCUUCACAAAGUGCUGCUGCCACUUGGUCUUCACUGGAUUCUAGUGCAACACAUACAGUAUCUACAGUCACAUCUCAAAAACCCAGAGCAACUGGAGAUAUUACAGUCAUCUCAGAGAGCUUUCAUAUAGGACUUUCUACACCAAGCGUACACCAAACUUCCAAAUCAUUUUUAACAACUACAGUUUCAACAGAAAGUGAACACGUGUUGCGUACAGAUUUAUCUCCGGUGCUGACUAUUUCUGUAAGUUCAUUAGAGUCUGCUGGUACCAGGGCUUCACCUAGUAACACUUCAGUGCCACCUACAAAGGUUUUAUCUGGUACAGCACAAACAACUUCUAAAACAAGUAUGCACAUGUUUGACUCACAUGCUGAAUUAAGAACAUCGUCGUUAGUGAAAAGUGUAGAUAUAUUUGCUGCUUCUUCAAAGUUUCCAAGCACUUUAUCUGCUUUUACAAGUCCAUCCAUGUUACUUACAGAAUUAACAACAAGACCAUCCAUUCCUCACUCCGUUUCAACAUCUCGUUCUGAAAGUUCAUCAAUGAGUCCCACAACUGGUACAACUGUGAUACCAGCUACCACUCACAUCCAAAUGCCACUUGUAUCACUUAGUGAACAAGCUACCUCUGCAACAGAACAUUCCUAUCCUACAGCCUCUCCUUCAGCUGAUCUUUCAUUAAAUUUAAGUGCAGAUACUUUGGCAAUACGUACUGCAUCUUUACUUCCUCUGAAGGUCUCUGACAUGCCUAUGAUGCCCUUGCAGACUACAAGUUUUUUGACUUCCUCAGUGGAUGAGAAAGUAUUAUCUUCAUUAGUCAGUACUUCCAGCUCUCAUUCUCUGCAGUCAACAGUGGAGCCAACAACAGAGCCAACAUUUACGGCUGUGCUUUGGAAUAAGACAUCAGUUCCAGUAUAUGACACUGAGAAGUACUCCCUUAGCUCUUCAGUAACUUCACUGCUUUCUUCUGCUGGCACAAUAGCACUUCACAAAACUUCACUAAUCACUGAACUCUCUCCUGUCAGUUUGGAAUUUCACACAGUUACUACUUCAGUUCCAGUUCUUGGUACCUCCCAAACAUCUUUGCAAGCUUCACCAGAAGCCUUCAAAACUGUACCCAUCAAAAUAGAUGAAGUGACUACUUCAAAUUGGACAGGAGUGGAAAUGACAGAGACUUCGGACCUUAAAAAUGCAACCUCAGAAAUACCAGGAAAUGUCACAAAGUAUGCAGCCACUGAGGAGGCUCUGCUAUUUCCCAUUCAUAUGACCUCAUCUCUCAGUAAAAGCAGUACAGUCUCAGUGAAAGCUGUCUCUCUUUCUGAUAUGACAGAUAUGACAUUAUCUGAUUGGUCUGGAGUUCCUCCACCAAAAUCAAUUAGACCUUACUACACAAUGACUGAACCAGAGCAGCAAAGAGGCAUCAGCCUGGAGAAUGUCACAGUGGCAGUGUCAUCUCCCUCCCCUGAAGAGCUUUUAGGAACCCAGACAUCAGAGGCAGAAAUAGGAACGGUGACAACAGAGACAGUGGAAUAUGCUCCAUUUGGAACAAUGAUGCAUACUAUAGUGUCUGCAACAUCCUCUGAAUGCACACCACGGUAUCUUGACCCAGUAGACAGAUGCAGUCAGUACGUGUGCAUUAAUAUGGGAUGGAUGCUGUACAACCUUUCAGAGAACUGCCAUAAGAAUGGGGAGAAACCUGACUGUGGUUUUCGAGGAAUGCCUGUUCAGAUUAACAGUGACAGCUGCUGUCCAGAAUGGGAAUGUCCUUGCCAAUGUUCUGUCCUGUCAGAACUGAGCAUCAUUACAUUUGAUGGAAAUAAUCUUGCACUGUAUAAAGUAGCUUCCUAUAUUUUAGUCAAGCUACCCACGGAAAUUAUUGUGGCUCAUAUUGAAAAAUGCCCCACUAAUCAGAGUGCCAAUUCCAUAAGAAAGCUAGUGCCCCUUGGAAGUGCUUCAGGUCUCUGUUUUAAGAAACUGAAUGUAACAACACCUUUGUAUACAGUACUUAUCAACCGUUUAGCAAGAAAGGUAGUUGUGAAUUCGGUUAUUCAGUCUUUACCCUUCUCAAAACAUGGAUUAUGUAUUCAAGACACUGGUGCUAUGUAUGUAAUCAAUACACCAGCUGGCAUCAAUAUUAAAUGGGCACAUGUUACUGGUAUCAUAGAUAUCCAGUAUGGCUUUCACUCUAAUACAUCUUCCAAGACAGAAGGACUUUGUGGUGUCUGUAAUGGUGAUCCAGUUGAUGACCUGAAGAUGCAAAAUAGGACAAUAAUUACCAACAUGGAAGAAAUUGAGGUUUUUAUUAAGAGCUGGGAAGUUGAGAAAUCUGUUGAUGUAGCAACAAGAAGACUUGUAAGAAACUGCACUGAAGAUAAUUGUACCUAUUGUAUGGAACUCUUACAGAGAUGGGUUUUUGCUCCCUGUCACAAAAAAGUUUCACCACAAGACUUUUGUGAGAAAAUGUGGAUCAACAAUACAUAUUUUUGGAAUUAUGAAUGUGAUGCUCUUUCUGCGUAUGUCGCAUUGUGCAACAAACAUAAUAUCUGCAUUAAAUGGAGAACACCAGAUUACUGUUCAUUAAGUUGUCCCAAUGGGAAAGAAUACCAGCCUUGCGUGCAACCCUGUGCAGCUAAAACAUGCCUAAAUAAAUGGUUCUAUGAAGAAUCACCAUGUUCCUACCUGAGAGAAGACUGUGUUUGUAAAAAUGGGACCAUUCUUCACAGAACAGACUCUGACCUCUGCAUUCCAGAAGAAAAAUGUGCCUGUACUGAUAAUGACGGACACCCCCAUACUGUUGGAGAGGUUUGGAAUGGCUCCAAUAAAGGAUGCUGCAUGUUUAAAUGCUUGGAGAAUGGGAGCAUUGUUGCUGUAGAGCCUGAGUGUAAUCAAGAGCCACCUCCAAAAUGUGCAAGGGAAGGUGAAGUGAUUAUUAAUGUAAUUGAAGAAGGAGGCUGCUGCCCGAAGAAAGUCUGUGAAUGCAACACAAGUCUGUGUGACCCUGUUACACCAAUAUGCAAAAAUACUGAGAAGCUGGUUGUGGGAUACAACCCUUAUUCUUGCUGUCCUCAGUACCGAUGUGAAUGUGAUCCAUCUGCAUGUCCCAAUGGUUCCCGCCCAGAAUGCAGGGAAGACCAGUUUAUUGUUGAAGCAAAGUUGGAGGAUCCUUGCUGUUUCUCCUAUUUAUGUGUUUGUGAAUCCUGCAUUGAACCAAUUCCACUAUGUAAUGAGGGGGAAAUUCUCACUGUAGACCGUAGCACUACUCAUUACUGUUGCCCUCGUUAUCACUGUGUCUGUGAUGAGAAUCUCUGUCACGUACCUCUUCUGAAUUGUUCUGCUGAUACGAACAUGGUGAAGAAAAGAAUGCCUGGGCAAUGCUGUCCACAGUGGAGCUGUGAAUGUGACUGUGAAAAUGCUGAAGUACCAAUCUGUAAAGUGGGAGAAAUUCAACUUAAAGAUGCUAAUAUUUUCAGCAUGUGUGGAUGUCCGAAGUACAGUUGUGAAAAGGAUAAUGUCUGUGUAUUCCAAGAAGUAACUAUUCUGAGUCCUGGUCAGACUAUGAUUCAGUAUUUGGAUGGAGAUCUUUGUUACAUGGCAAAGUGUUCAGAAGAGAAAGACCCCAGCACUGGAUUUCAUGCAAUGGAUGUGACAAUAGUUAACUGUUCCCAAAAAUGUGAAAUUCAUCAAGUAUACAUCCCUUCUUCAACUCAAGAGUCUUGUUGUGGUUCUUGCAGAAAUGUUUCAUGUGCCUUUGACAAUGGCAAUGGGACCCUUGACAUUUACGAAGAAGGAAGCACCUGGGACUCAAAUUGCACAAAAUAUGAAUGUGUAAAGACUCCUGUAGGUGCAAUAGUACUUGGCUCCAGUGUCAUUUGCCCGCCUUUUAAUGAGACUGAGUGCAUGAAGAAUGGAGGCACUGUCCAGACAUAUAAUGAUGGCUGCUGCAAGACCUGCAAAAAGGAUGAUAGGAUUUGCCAGAAAGUGAUGAUGAGAACAACUGUAAGGAAAAGUGACUGCAUAAGUAGAAGUCCGAUUGAUGUGGCUUCUUGUGAAGGAAAAUGUCCCUCUGCCACAAUUUUUAAUGUCAACAUUGAUAGCCAUUUGAGAUUCUGUAAAUGCUGUCGUGAAAACAGAGUGCAGAAUCUAACGGUGCCACUCUACUGCUCAGGAAAUGGCACUGAAAUUAUCUAUGUGAUCCAGGAGCCUAUAGACUGUUCAUGUCAAUGGAAUUAAGAACUUUAUGGAUAUUAUGGAUAUGGAAUUUUAUGGAUAUUAUGGAUAUUGUU